GGAUAGCCUACUUGAAGCAUCCGGGACAGGAACUCGCCAUCCAUAGUAGUAGACAUGGCGGGCCACAAUCUGGCUAAAUGACGAAAUAAAUCUUGUUUGCUUAUAUAAAAACGUGUUAAUUUCAUAGAAGAAGUGUUGAUACUGAAAGACUAAUUAAGUUUUAUUGUAUUAGGACAAAAAUGCAGAAUGUUGGACAGUCUGAAAACCGAAAUAUCGAUAAGGUGAAUGUGCAACUUGAUUUGGUAAAAUCGUCCACUCCUCAGAGUUCGGCUUCGAGUCCGGUCAAAUCUGAAACCGAAACAUAUUCAGGAGUGCCUGCCAAAUACAUGACGGACUCUUCGGAAAGCGAGGAUGAUUCUGUGUCCGAGAUUUUGCUGGCUUGUUUGUGCCUAAGUAGGCCAGACCUGUUGGCGGAAAUGGAGGAAGAAGGUGGUGGUGCAGAGUCAUCCAAGUUCCUACUGUCUCACGAUGACCCUGAGAGGGCCGUUGACCCUGAAAUGCAGGCGAGACUUGAAGCCCUACUGGAAGCAGCCGGCAUCGGCAAGCUAUCCGGGGAGGGCAAGCACCUAGCCGAUCCCGAGGUGCUCCGGCGGCUGACGUCGUCCGUGUCUAACGCCCUCGACGAAGCCGCUGCGGCGCUCACGCGUAUGCGCAGUGAGCAACCGCCCGCGCACCAUAGGCACCACCAUCAGGACAAGCCCACACAAUGCGGCUCUACAGCAACGGGCACGACGCCUACAGUUGCAUCGUCGGUGGGUGCAGACGGUGCGCCGUCUUUAGCGGAGGCAUGUUCAGACGGCGACGUGGGCACAGUACGAAAACUCCUCACAGAGGGACGCUCCGUCCACGAGACGACGGAGGAGGGGGAGUCGUUACUGUCGCUGGCCUGCUCCGCGGGAUAUUACGAACUGGCACAGGUGCUGCUAGCAAUGCAUGCGAGCGUCGAAGAUCGUGGCAUAAAGGGCGACUGCACACCCCUGAUGGAGGCGGCGAGCGCGGGCCACGUGGACAUCGUGCGACUGCUGAUCGCGCAUGGCGCGGACGUGAACGCGGUGUCGGGCUCCGGCAACACGCCACUCAUGUACGCCUGCGCCGGCGGACACGAGGAGUGCGUGCGCGCGUUGCUCGAGAACAGCGCCAACGUCGAGGACCAUAACGAGAACGGGCACACGCCGCUGAUGGAGGCGGCGUCGGCGGGUCACGUGGGCGUUGCAAAAAUCCUCCUCGAACAUGGGGCCGGCAUCAACACACACUCGAACGAGUUCAAGGAGUCUGCCCUCACCCUCGCGUGCUACAAAGGCCAUUUGGACAUGGUGCGCUUUUUACUGGCGGCUGGUGCCGACCGCGAGCACAAGACCGACGAGAUGCACACCGCGCUUAUGGAGGCCAGCAUGGAUGGACACGUUGAGGUCGCGAGGCUACUGCUCGACUCCGGUGCUCAGGUCAACAUGCCAACGGACAGCUUCGAAUCGCCGCUGACUCUAGCGGCGUGUGGCGGGCACGUGGAACUAGCAAUGCUUCUGCUGGAACGCGGUGCCAACAUAGAGGAAGUCAACGACGAGGGCUACACACCACUCAUGGAGGCCGCCAGGGAAGGUCACGAAGAAAUGGUGGCACUGCUGCUGGGGCAGGGAGCGUCGAUCAAUGCUCAGACCGAUGAGACGCAAGAGACGGCGCUAACUCUGGCGUGCUGCGGCGGCUUCCUCGAGGUGGCCGCCUUCCUCAUCAAGGCGGGGGCUGAUGCUGAACUCGGCGCCUCCACACCCCUCAUGGAGGCCUCCCAGGAAGGUCACCUCGAGCUAGUUCGGUACCUUCUGAACGCCGGUGCGGACGUGCACGCACAGACGCAGACGGGCGACACGGCGCUGACGUACGCCUGCGAGAACGGCCACACCGACGUCGCCGACCUGCUGCUGCGCGCCGGCGCCCAGCUCGAGCACGAGAGCGAGGGCGGCCGCACGCCGCUCAUGAAGGCCUGCCGCGCCGGACACGUCUGCACCGUGCAGUUCCUCGUCGGCAAGGGUGCAGAUGUUAACCGUAUGACUGCCAAUGGUGACCACACUCCGCUGUCGCUAGCUUGCGCGGGAGGGCAUGCCGACGUCGUUAAGUUCUUACUAGCCUGCGAUGCGGAUCCCUUUCGCAAACUAAAAGACAAUUCCACCACCCUCAUCGAAGCUGCCAAGGGCGGUCACACCGCUGUUGUGCAAUUGCUACUCGACUAUCCUCACUCUGUUAUGUUACCUAGAGGCAACGCAGGCGGCGCGGAGGAGAGUGGCGGACUGAGCGCGGCACAGGCGGCUGCGUUGGGGCUCAGCCACGCGCCUGCGCCCGGCGCCGCCGGCCGCGCACUGCUGCCCGCGCACCCGCACCCGCACCCCGCGCACCCCUCGCACCCCGCGCACGCCGCCCACCCCGCGCACGCCACGCAUCCCGCGCAUGCGCCCUCCACGCCCGCCGCGCCCGCGCCAGCGCCCGCGCCCGCGACCGCGCAGCAGAAGGCGCCGCUAGACUUACCGCCUAAUUUCACCAAGGCCUACCACGACGGUCGCAAGAAGCUAACUGCCGCGAAUAGCGGUACGAGCGCGAACGCGGGCGUCGUGAGCGGCGCGAACGUACCGGCGAGCGCGGGGCGGGGCAGCGGCAGCGGCAGCGUGAGCGGCAGCGGUAGCGGCAGCGGUAGCGGUAGCGGUAGCGGCGGCGACGCGGGCGCGGCCUACAUCGCGGGAGUGAUCGCGGGCGCGGUGGCGACGGUGGGCGCGGCGGCGCGCGACACCAAGCACAAGUGUCCGCGCAAGCAGCGAGCCGCCGCGCACUCCGACCACCACCUGCCGCCGCCGCCCGACAUCCUCGACGAACAGAUAUGCCACGGAACAAUGGCUAAAGUGACCCUCCCGCCGGGAUUUACAUGGAAGGAUGUUAACAAGAGAAAGAAAUACAAAAAUAAGUACACUGUUGAACGUGAAUUCUUUGAAAAAGUGGACGCACUAGUGAGCCAGGGCCGAAACGAACCACUACCAGAGACUGAAAGAAACCUUCUCGAAUUGGCCGAUACCUCAGGUCCGCCGACGCUGGCCACGUCGGCUCUACACGCGCUCGACCUACAGUUCUGCGCGCCAGGUGUGACGACUAGCAUCCACCCACCCACCACUCCACCGUACCCUCCCCCGCAGCAAUUGUUCCCUGUGCAGCAACUUGCGACCAAUCUAAACCAGCACCAGCUGCAGGAGCUACAACAACAGCAGUUCCAGCAGUUAGCGGCGCAACAACAACAGAAAAAACAACAACAACAACAACAACAACAACCGCCGUAUGCACCGGAAUUACAACAGAGACCCGAAGCAUAUGUGCCACAGGGCGGAGCGGUGUGUGCGGGGGAGGAGGCGGGAAGCGGGGCGGCGGGCGCGGCGGAAGCUCGCGAGCUGAGCGCCGUGCUGGCCUACCUGCAGCGGGAGGUCCCGUCGCUGGUCGCGCUGCCGCCCAACGAACUGCGCUCGCUCGUGCUGCAGGUGAUGCAACAGAAGUCGCACGAGAUCCUAUCAUCGAAAUGUGAGGGCGAGGGUGAAACAGAGGCGGAAUCGGAGGAGGGUGAGGAGCGACAAGCGCGGCGCCUGCUGGCCGCUGCCGAGGAAGCGCUAGCGGCUGACUGGGCGUCACGGCAGGACCACCAUCACCAUCAUCAUCACCACCAUCACCACGUUGACCUCACGGUGGGCAAUGGGUGCCAGUACCGCGUGAGGCCGACGUCGCCGGGUGCUGUGGGCGCAGUGGGGGCGGUGGGGCCAGUAGGGACCAUGGACCCGGGCACGCUGACGCUACCGCGGCCCGAGGACGAGCAGCCACAACCCGACCUGCAACACUUCGCGCUCCCUCCUCCGGGCGCCACCUUACCUUUCGAAGACUACAGAUCGGGCGGGUUGCCGGCACCGGCGCCGCAGCUGCCGCAGCCCCCCGCGCCGGCGCUGGUGCCGCAGCCGCACUACAAGCGCGACCAACACCACCAGAGCAACACCACCGUCACUGCCAAGAAAAAGGGCCGGUUCGCGGGGUCGGGGCGGGCGCGCGGCGCGGCGGGCGGCGGCGCGGGCGCGGCGGGCGCGGGCGAGCCGCCGGCGGCGCCGCCGCAGCCCGCGCCCGCCGCCUACUCGGCCAUGGACGUGGACGGCGAGACCGACUCCAACCACGACACCGCGCUCACGCUCGCCUGCGCCGGCGGCCACGAGGACCUCGUCGAGCUGCUGCUCUCGCGCGGCGCCGACAUCGAGCAUAGGGACAAGAAGGGUUUCACGCCGCUGAUACUGGCGGCGACGGCGGGCCACGAGAAGAUCGUGGAGAUCCUGCUGAACCACGGCGCGGAUAUCGAGGCGCAGUCAGAGCGUACGAAGGACACGCCGCUGUCCCUAGCGUGCAGCGGCGGACGGUACGAAGUGGUGGAGCUCCUCCUCACCCGAGGAGCCAACAAGGAGCACCGCAACGUCUCUGACUACACGCCUCUCUCGCUGGCCGCCUCUGGUGGCUACGUCAACAUCAUCCGGCUGCUGCUGCACCACCAGGCGGAAAUCAACUCCCGCACGGGAUCCAAACUAGGCAUUUCUCCGUUGAUGUUGGCGGCAAUGAACGGGCACACGGCUGCUGUACGGCUGCUACUCGACUGCGGCUCCGACAUCAACGCGCAAAUCGAGACCAAUCGAAACACGGCGCUUACGCUUGCCUGCUUCCAAGGCCGACACGAGGUGGUGAGCCUGCUAUUGGACCGCAAAGCAAACGUGGAGCAUCGUGCCAAGACUGGCUUGACACCAUUGAUGGAGGCAGCCAGCGGCGGCUAUGUGGAGGUCGGCCGCGUGCUGCUCGACAAGGGCGCGGACGUGAACGCUCCACCCGUGCCUUCGUCGCGUGACACCGCGCUCACCAUCGCCGCCGACAAGGGGCACACCAAGUUCGUCGAGCUGCUGCUCACCAGACGAGCUGCAGUGGAAGUGAAAAACAAGAAAGGCAACUCCCCAUUAUGGCUAGCAGCAAAUGGCGGCCACUUAGCGGUCGUCGAAAUGCUAUACGCCGCCGGAGCAGACAUAGACUCACAGGACAAUAGAAAGGUUUCAUGCUUAAUGGCCGCCUUCCGUAAAGGUCACACUAAAGUGGUCAAAUGGAUGGUCGGUGUAGUUACGCAGUUUCCUUCAGAUCAAGAAAUGACAAGGUACAUCUGCACGAUCUCGGACAAGGAGCUGCUGGAGAAGUGCCAGGAGUGCGUGCGCGUGAUCCGCGCGGCGAAGGAGACGCAGGCGGCGCGCGCCAACCAGAACGCCACCAUCCUGCUCGAGGAGCUCGACGCAGAGCGCUGCCGCGAGGAGUCGCGCCGCCUGGCCGCCGCGCGCCGCCGCGAGCGCAAGAAGAAGAAGAAGAUGGAGAAGAAGGAGGAGCGACGCAAAUUACAAGCGGAGAACGACAAGAACUCGAUGUACUUGGAGAAAGCGUCGGGCGAGUGCUCCGAGGGCGGCGAGCCCGACGACGAGCCCGCCGCCAAGGAGGAGGGCGACUCCGGCAUCGACGCUAACUCGCAGGGCUCGUGUUCUUCCUCGGACGUCAAAGCACCUCCAUCGCAGAGUGUGAAGAACAAAAAGAAAAAGAAAGAAGAAAAGACACCACCUCCAGUGCAGCUACCUCCUAAGAAACAACCGGACAAAAGUAAACAAAAGUUAGAGACAAAACCUGAAAAAGAGAGUAAAGCGGAUAGGAAACAGGAGAAAGAGAACGUGGCGCCUUCAUCGCCGCCCGCUACUCCUGCUAAACCUACAUCUGCGGCAGCAACCACAGCCACGCCCUCUACCGUCGCUGAACGACGCCAGCCCGACAAGAAACAUGACAAAAAAUUCGAAGAGGAUAAUACUAAGAACAUAAAAGUACACGUAAACGGGAUUAGUUUACCGCGCGUGAUGCAAUCUAGACCAAAUUGGUCGAAAAGCGACGUUGACACAUCCGACAAAACUAAAAAGAUACACAACAGCUAUCAAUGGGAGAUCGAAGGCAAGAGCACUUCGCCUAAGAGUGGUUGCGUCGGCGGCAGGCGCGAGGAGGGAUGGAAGGAGGUCGUACGCAAAUCAAGCGUACAGACAUUAUCUACCGUCGAGCCUGGGUGCAAGAAAGUGUCGGUGGCGUCGCACGCGAUAUCGCGUGUAAUCGGCCGCGCCGGCAGCAACAUUAACGCGAUCCGCUCCGCCACCGGCGCGCACAUCGAGGUCGACAAGCAGAGCAAGGGCCAGGGCGAGCGAAUUAUUACCAUCAAGGGUUCAGCGGAGGCGACGAAGCAGGCGGGUGCGCUGAUCGCGGCCAUGAUCCGCGACCCGGAAGCCGACAUCGCGCAGCUGCUGCCGCGCGCCGCCGCCGCCAAAUCACAACCUCAGCCGCAACCACUACAGCCAAAGACGCCCAAACAACCACCGCCAAAGCAGCAAGGCGCGAGCGGAGGCGCCAGCAGCCGAGCGACACCAGCGUCGCGGGGCGCCAAGCACACGGCGGCCCUCGCCCCGCUGGCCGCGACCCCCGCCGCCGCCUCAGCUGCCGCCCCUACCCCUCUGCUGGCAACGCCCGCUCGACCGGCGUCCAGGGUGCAUUCGCACGUGUCAGCGAGCGACAAGCGGUCGUCGACGUCGAGCCCGGCGACGCCAGCGCCGGCGGCUGCGAGCGGCGUGAAGUCGUCGCUGUCGUACACGGGCGCGAUAGUGGGCGCGCGCUCGCACACGUUCGCCGCCAAGCUCACCGCCAGCAGCGCGCCGCCGCCCUCCGCCGCGCCGCCGCCGCCGCCGCCCGCCGCUCACGCCACUCACGCCACUCACGCCGACAAGCCGCGUCCGGCGCCGCAGUUGAGCGGCGCAAGCCCAGCGUCGACAGCGGGAAGUAACGUAUCACCACUGCGAGGUGCUCGCGAGGCCUCCCCGGUGGCGACGUCGACCGCCACCACUGCGGCCACCGCUGCCGCUGAAGAAGAGCUGCGGCCGCACGCAGAUUGCACGCUGCAGCUAAGUCCUGACAAUACAAACGCUUGGAAUUCAAACGAAGAUAGCGCGACUAAUCCCACCUCUGCGUUGCAUAUUAACACUACGCCGCAGUCGAGCAGUAGCGGCAGCGGAGCCGGUGCGAGUGGCGGAGGCGGCGGAGGCGGCAGCGGGUGUCCGCCCGAGUACUCGCUGUUCAAGGGCCUGUCGACGGGCGGCGCCGGCAUGUGGGGCGGCGCCCCGCCCGCCGCCGAGCCGCACCACAACGUCGACCCGCCGCCGCCACAGGUGGACGUGAGCAAGGCGCCCGGGUAUCGCGGCGGCGGCGGCGGGGGCGGCGGCGGGGGCGGCGGCGCGGGCGCGGGCGGCGGCUGCUCGCCGUGCUCGCGCGCGUCGUCGCACGGCUCCACGCCGCCGCCCGCCUACGCACCCGCGCACGCGCACCACGCGCCGCUCGCGCAGCACGCGCAGCACGCGCAGCACGCCCAGCACGCCCAGCACGCGCAGCACGCGCAGCAGCAGUACCACCAGCAGAUGCCCAUAGGCAACAAUGUUAAUGCUAUGGACAUGAGUGGAUUAUCCCGGAAUGGACCUGUCUAUCAAGACAACUCACGGAAUGGACACAGUAUAAUGGUAUCGAUGUCAAGCGGCGUGAACAUGAGUGGCACGUCGCUGGGGCUCGGCUACGUGGGCGUUGGUGGCGUGGGUGGUGUGGGUGGCGUGGGCGGCGUGGGCGGCGUCGGCGUGGAGGCGGUGUCGCGGCUCAACCCGCGCGCGCCCGACUUCUCGCAGCGGCAUCCACUGAUGCAGCACAAGCACAACCAGCAGCCACAGAUGUUUACAACGAACGCGACGACCGCGGGCAACCUGAGCGCGCUGAUGCUCUCGUAUCAGCAGCCGACCCCCAAAUCUAUUCAACAUGCACAGCAACAACAGCAUCCUUACCAAUCCUUACUAGAGCGUGGUAUCGGCGUGGGAGUGGGUGUGGGCGUGGGCGUGAACAGCAGCAGCAGCGGCUGGGGCGAGGAGGAAGAGCGCAAGCCGCGGCCCAUCGGUACCGAGCGCGCCUGGAAGCUCACCGCCGGCGACGACUGGUCACACCUACACCACCCCUAUCACGGACCCAUCGCGGAUCACGACCGAUACCAGGGUGUGAGCGGAAUGAGUGGCGUGGGUGUCGGCCACGUGGGCGUGGGGCACGGGCUCGAGGGCGCGUACGGCACCGUGGGCGCGGUGGGCGCCGUGGGCGCCGUGGGCGGCAGCGCGACGGCGGCGGCGCUGUCGCUGAUGUCGCAGGCGCUGCCGCUGCAGUACCUGCCGGCCGUGCCCGCGCCCGCGCCCGCGCCCACGCCUACCGACCCGCACCACCACUGGGACCAGCCGCACCACCACCCUGACAAGCAGGCUUGGAGCAAAUGGACUCACUAGAGGCCCGUAUAGACCCGGCAUAGACGAUACUGCCUUAGUAACGCGCGCCGCCGCCCCGGCGCCGACUGCCGUCGACCGCGCGUCUGACCUAUCCGACGAGGAUUAUAUAUAAUUGUAACCCUUGGAAACGGUGUAGAUAUUAGUGAGAAAGAAUUAUAUUAUAAAGAUUAUCUAUAUACAUAAUAGAAAAAAAAUGUCCUAUCGAGAUGAAAACUACUUAUACUGUACGAUCGACUGAAGUGAGCAUUAAAGGAUUCAUUGUAAUGAAACUCGUGAGGGGAAUCGGAUGUAGUUUUAUUUGUUACUGGUGUCCGCCGACUACUCUGCGUUUAGACAAAUUAUAUAGUUAUGCUAGUCGGCGUCGUUUUCAUCCGAUGUAGAUAUACGCGUACGGUGUAAUAGUAGGUAGCUUGGAAUGUAAUUCCGAAAUGCCGCUCUGUGUUUUGCGUUGCCUUGUGCGCUCUGCGCCCCGCCGCCAUUAUUAUACAUAUUUUACACUAUAUUAUGGCAUAAUACGAUAUUAAUUUCUAUGAUUGAUAUGAUUAUAUGCUCGCAUCUAAAACGGAAUUACUAUAAACGUGUAUUAAUAAAUUUGCUUGUACAUGAAGAUUAAAUAUCAUAUAUUGAUGCACUGUAUACACUGGUGUUUUUAAUAAGACCACCUGUUUUUUCAGUGAUUCAUUUUUUUUUUAAAUAGGUUUAUUUGGGUAAUGUGUAUAUUUAUAAGUAAAUUAUUAUUGAGGACUUUGUCUCGAAUAUUAAAUGCAGGAUAUGCGGUAAGUUCUAGGCAAAUAAACCGAUGUCAAAAUAU